UCUCCCAGCGCUUUCACAUUUGGCUGUGUCUGACAUGCCUGUGGUAGUGUUUAGUACGGAUUAGGAGUUUUCUUGACUGCUAAUUUAACGCAAGUUUCUUUUACAGCGUUGUUUCAGUAAUUAGCCGAAUAUGGCAAGUGACGGCACCGCGAAGCUCUCCAAAAACUUAUUACGGAUGAAGUGAUGUUGUUUGCUUGGUUGAACUAGUUUAUGCAGCGUGGGCUGGAUGCAGAGACGAGAAAGCAGUUGGAAGAAGACGAGAAGAGGAUAAUCAGUGAUGAACACUGGUACCUGGAUUUACCAGAGCUCAAGGAGAAAGAGAAUUUCAUUAUAGAGGAGAGGAGUUUCCUUCCAUGUGAAGACUUGCUAUAUGGCAGGAUGUCAUUCAAGGGUUUUAAUCCUGAAGUUGAGAAACUCAUGACCCUGAUGAAUUCCCAGAAUAGGACUGAGGAUGUUGAGGAAGAGGAGCAAAAUAAAACAGGAGUGGAUGUUUCAGACGAAGAGAUGGCAAGGAGAUAUGAGAGCUUGGUGGGGAGCAUCAAAAGGAAGUUUACUAAAAAGCGGAACCGCUCAGCAAUUCAAGAAGAGGACAAUGUUAGGAGUCCCAAAAUCAAGAAAGCGUUCUUAAAACCACAAGACUAGAAAAGAAAAGGGAGUUAAAGAGGAUACGUUAAAAAGGACAAUUGACUGGCAAUUGAGUGUCAAAGGAGGGAGAAAAUGAGUUUUUAUAUAUUGGUGUUGUGUGUUCCUGAUGACCCAGAGUUCAUGAUGAUUGAAUUGUUAGCUUUUUUUAAACAUUUUUUAAAUUUAAAAGGGGUGUUUACACAUCCUUCUUUUUUUAGCCACUAUAUAGAAUAUCAGCUCAUGAAUGGAAAAAUGUUGUCUUUACCAAAAUAUAUCCAAUAUAGGUUUUGAUUUUGCCAACAUUAAUAAUUGAGAACUUUAUUAACGUUCUUUGUACUCGCUCUGUUCAGCAUUGGCUGCAGUUCCUUCACUUUCUCAAGAGAUCUAAACAGAUAUCAAGUUGCUUUGUACUUGGUAUUCAACUACAUGUGUGUUGCAAGAAAAAGCUCUGAAUUAAGGUAAUAUUUUUUGACCUUCACUUGCUUAUAGUUUGACGUUAAUUUGUUUAAAUAAGUAUACAUUUUUCUAAUCUUGCCUUAUGAAAAAUCCAAUCAGUGCUGUCAAGUUUUCAUCCAACACAUUGAAUCAGUACACUGCAUUGGUAUUGAUCAGUGGUAUCGAAACCAGUGGAAAUCUGGUCUGUUCAUCCUGUGAUUGAAUUGUUGUAUGAAAGUAGUUCAGUGUAUGUAUGAAGAAACAGAUUAAAAAAUAAAUACAUGUUGCACGUAGGAACAGUUCAGAA